AUGUUGGACCUUGGCAAGUAUACAGAUGCCAAGUGCACUAAACAAAAUAUGUCUGUUAAAUACGAUUUCACGGGUAAAGUAGUGUUGAUUACGGGCUCGAGUUCGGGCAUCGGUGCGGCCACUGCUGUCCAGUUUGCCAAAGCCGGCGCCCAAGUGGUAGUCACCGGUCGUCGGGCCGACAAACUCGCAGAAGUGGGCGAACAAUGUCUGAAAGUAUCGCCGAAAGGGAUUAAAGCACUGGAAGUGACGGCAGAUGUGACCAAACGGGAAGACAUGCGACGACUCGUCGACCAGAAUAUCAAACAUUUCGGUAAACUUGAUAUUCUCGUCAAUAACGCCGGCGCCGGGAAUCCCACCCGUAUUGACGACAAAUACUUUUACGACAAGUUUGAGAAACUGAUGGCAAUUAAUCUCAAUUCUGUGGUCUAUUUAACGCAUAUAUGUGUCGAGCAUUUGGAGAAAACUAAGGGAAAUAUCGUUAAUAUCUCGAGUAUCGGCGCUAUGAGAACUGUGGUUGGCUUUGCCCCAUAUGGUACGGCAAAGUGUGCUCUGGAUAUGUUUACUAAGUGCAUGGCCGCCGAGUUGGGACCAAAACAAAUCAGGGUUAACGUUAUCAAUCCCGGACCCGUUCGCACUGAAUUUGUCACAGCUAUGGGUUCGCCACCGGAGUUAGCGGACAAAAUGAUGGACGUCUUUAACAAGCUUAUGCCCGUGGGUCGGGUGGGAGAGUCCGAUGAUAUUGCCGACCAUAUACUAUACCUGGCCAGUGACCAUGCUGCGUUUAUCACCGGAUCUAACCUAGUUUCAGAUGGCGGUGUACUCGCCGCUAAUGCUAUCAAUGGAGAUGAUCUUGUAGUGUUAAUCACGGGCUCGAGUUCGGGUAUGGGAGCGGCCACUGCUGUCCAGUUCGCCCAAUCGGGUGCCAGUGUUGUGGUCACCGCUCGCAGAGCCGACAAACUCGCAGAAGUGGGCAAACAAUGUCUGAAAGUAUCGCCGAAAGGGAUUAAAGCACUGGAAGUGACGGCAGAUGUGACCAAACGGGAAGACAUGCGACGACUCGUCGACCAGACUAUCAAACAUUUC